AGCGACAAGCGAGAGUUAUGCCGGGGCUAGGUGUCAAAAACCGCGUACACAUCGUUUUUUCACGUUCUUGUUUUACUAAAUAUUGUAGGUUUUUAGUGAAGCGUCUCACUGAAAAAUAGUGAAAAAUUGAAGAAUAGUGUUUGUUCUUCUUGAAGCGAAUAAUUUUCCUCUGAUAUUGCAACGUUUUAUUAAGGAAAAAUGGCUACAACUGAGAAUACGGUGAACAAAGCCGCAGACAACGGCAAAAAAUUAAACCUUGGCAAUUUGCCAGCCGAUGUGACCGAAGAUGAACUACGCGAUCACUUCAAGGACUUCACUGUGGAGAACGUUGAGAUUUUCCACUACCUAAAGUACACACUGGCAUUGUUGUUAUUCAAAGACAAGGAUACGGCUACGAAGGCCCUCAAAGCCAAAGAUGGCUCCAUGUUCCGUAAUCGUCGCUUGCGUAUGCACAUCGAAUACAUUGCCAUUUGGAAUAUUAAGAAGAACGUUUUCGUCACUGUCGUCGAUGACAAUACGACCGAAGAGCAGGUCUACGACAAGUAUAAAGAUGUCACCGAAAUCACCGGUGUUUUGGUGUUCCAUCCGUUGGCAUAUGUUUCCUGUAAGACACAGGAACAAAAAGAAGCUGCCAUCAAGGAGCUCAACACUGAAGAAGUUACAAUCUACGAUGUCACCGGACAUGAUCAGAACCAUCACAUUGAAAUCUGGCGUGCCGCUAAGCUGUUCUUCCGUAACUUGAACCGUGUGUCAUUGAUCAAUUUGCCCGAAAGUUGGGUUUCCAAUCAGGAAGAACUGAAGAAGGCUGUAUCGGAAACUGGAACAUUGACCGAGGUGAAGGUAAUCAAUAACAGCCACGGUGCCGUCGCUCAACUUUUCUAUGAAAAUGAAGAAACGGCCAGAAAGGCUGCUUUGGAACUCAACCAGAAAGUAUUCGAAGGCAAGCGUAUCCAUGCUCUUCACGUGACUGCUGCUCUUAUUCCAAACUAUCAAACAAGCGUGUACCUCACAUCCUUAGAAAAAGCUACUUCCGAGGAAUGUAUAUACGAUCAUUUCAAACAGUUUGGUGAAAUUGAAUUUGUUAGCCGCCGUAAGUGCGCUGAUGAGCAUGCAGUCAUUUGCUUCGAAAAUGCCGACUCAGUAGAGAAGGCAUUGGAGUGUAAAACACUCCCGGUUCCUAAAGCGGACAGCGACAAGACAGAAGAUAGAAGCAUCACAGUCAAGAAAUACAAUGGUCCUUUGAUCAUCGAUCUUAAGCCAUCGCACGUAAAGAAGCUUUUGGAAGAUGGAGAGGAAUCCAAAAUGCGGCCACCGCCACUACCGCUGGCUAAGUUGUGGCCCAUCUACGUUUCAAAUCUUCCAUACACCGCCGACAAACGUGACAUGCGGGAUUACUUCUCCAGCGUUGGUGGACACAUCAAAUUCAUUUUUUCGCCAAAUAUUCCAGCCUACAAGACCAGUCAAACUUCGAUGGUGAUGGCUGCAUUAAUUUACUACGCACGUCGGGAGCAAGCUACCGAUGCCAUCAAAGCUUUCAACGGAAAACACUUCCAGAAUCGUUGUCUUCACGUGUUUCCUGGACGCAAGGAUACCUACUUCAAUCCGGAGACAUCAGUUCGCUUGGUUCGGUUGACAAUUGGAGUCACCGAAGAGAAAUUGUUCGAAAAGUUCCGUAAGUUUGGCUUCAUCGAAUGUGUUGUCAAACGCAACCGCAACACCGCCCUCAUCGAAUUCCGCGACAAGGAAGUUUGCGACAAGGUUCUUCAGCUCCCCGAUAGCGAAAAGCCCGUUCGCUGUGGCAUCGAACCCUUGACAACGAAGGUCAACCGUAAAAUUUUCAAGGAAAACGACGAAAAGAUUUCCCUGGCUAUGCAAGAAAUCAUUGAUAAGAAUCCAGCUGUUCUGGAGAAUGUACAGUCAACCAGAUUCAGUGGACCGCCACCACUGAAGCGUGGCCGUUUCAACGGACCAGAUCCGAACUUUGGUAAUCGCAACGACUUUAACAAUGGAAACGACUUCAGCAACCCUCAGGUUAUUCAGGAUCUCCUACGUUUGGCGUUUAUCUCCGGUAAGAACUUAGGCGAAGGCCUAGCCAGCGGAAACAACAAUCCAUUCAACAACUCAGAUUCGCCACUGUCCGGUUUAAAUCUUGCCAAUGGAUUUAGCGGACGUAGCUAUGGUGGAUCGAACAGUUUCGGAAACAACUCUGGCAACCGCAACAAUUUUGGAGGCAACCAAAACAACACCGGUGGCCGCAACAAUUUCGGUAAUCAGAACCAAAACCGUAACAACACCGGAGCUAACUUUGGAGGUGUUGGCAAUCCAAAGCGAUUCGACGGCACUAACCAGCAGCAACAGAACCGCAACCCAAACCAAAAUCGUCAGGCUGGUGGAAAUCCGAACAGACGCUUCUAGAAAGGUCUCACCAGCAAACAAAUAGAACAAUGACGGGGACUGCUUGUCAUGAAAGCAAGCGAUCUGUUUCGAAUACGAUUUGACACGAAUGGUGAUUUCGUGGAGAAUCGCUUUCCCCGACUUUUUCCAGCGAGCAGAAAAAUUAUUUAACUACAUUGUGUGACCGUAUGGAAAAUCAUAUUUAGGAGGAAGAGGCAAUUUGCAUACAACUUGAUGAUAACUACAUUUUCAAUGAUGAAACAAAAUAUUCUUACUUUUACGAUUUAAUGGAUUUUAGACGAUCUUGAUUUGAUGUGUAUGAAGAUUAUAAAAUAUACAACAAAACGUAUUGUAUUUCCACAACAUUGGUAGUUUUAUGAUUGUAAUUACAUUUAAGAUUUGAUUUUAUUUAAUCGCAUUACAUUACAACUUAUUGAAAGAAAAUUGUAAUUCACAAACGCAUAUUUAAAUGAGAAAAAAAAAUCAAUGGAAAUGUUUGACAUAAAUAACAAAAAUUCAUUGUAUUAGUAAACUUUAACCAUUUUGACAAGAUCACAACAUAAAACAAAAUAUUGAAAAAUAUCGUCGGUGGUGCGUAUUGGUAACAUUUUUGAGACUACGAAAUGUAUAAGCACUGAUGACAAUGUGUGCGUUUCCCCCUCUCCCGCAGCACCACGAUGAAUUUGAAUGGAAUAUGAUCAUAUUAUAAAACUAUACCGUAAUCUUAUCAAUAUAAGAAAGUUUGUCUUUUUGCAUCUUGAAAAAUUAUAAAAUGUAAUGAUAUAGUGGAAAUUUUCGCACUUACCCAUGGAAAAACGUCGCUGUCAACUGGAGUAAAAACAAAUCUA